GUCACCGAUGACCGGCCAAGACGUAGUGUAGUGUUACCAGUUACAAAAAAAACUUUCUAAAGAAUUCGUUACGACAUAAGAACGCCAUCAUGUGUCCCCUCUGGCCACUGCACCUGGUGAUCCUGUACCUGCUGGUGCUGUGCCCCCUGUGGGUGCUAUGCCAGGCCACGCCCAAGCUGCUGGCCACCUUCUCCAACACCACCAUAGACGUCCACAUGGACCAGUUCUAUUAUGUGGGGGUUAAUGUUACCGGUACGGGUCUCCAAGCUGGCGACGAGCUGAUCAUCAAGACCAAGGACCCUCACAUCGCGGACGCCAGGUGGAACUCCACGUAUAAGCUGACGGAGACAGACGGACAGUAUCACGGGGUUAUGAAGGUGGAUGGGAAGUUUUUGGGUAGAACGGAGUUAUCUAUAGAAGCCCAGCGCGGGCCGGACAAGUACGAUGUGAACGGCAGCAUGUCCGUGGUAGUCACGCGGCCGCAGCGAGCUAUUGACAUGAUAUUCAACCAUAGCGUCGCCGCUUUUGUGACGCUGAUAUUCAUAAACUUUGGUUGCGCGAUGGACUGGCCGACAGUCAAGGGCGUACUCCGCCGGCCGGUGGGCCCCGCGAUUGGCAUGCUAGGGCAAUUCCUGUUUAUGCCCCUGAUAUCAUUCGCCAUCGGCUACGCGAUAUUUCCCAACCAGCCGGACAUGCGUCUGGGCAUGUUCUUCACGGGUGUGGCCCCCGCCGGCGGCGCCUCCAACAUCUGGACCUACAUACUCGGGGGCAACCUGAACAUGUCCCUGGCUAUGACCACUAUAUCCAUGAUCGCUUCUUUCGGUCUAAUGCCAGCGUGGUUAUUCUCGCUCGGCCAAGUAAUAUUCAAGGACGCGCAAAUCGUCGUCCCGUACAAACGCAUAGGACUAUUCGUGGUCUGUCUCGUGGUGCCCCUACUAGUUGGGUUGGGCAUGCAGCGCUUCAUGCCAAGAGUGUCGAGAUUCAUGGUCAGGAUCCUAAAGGGAUUUUCCACCACGCUGCUCCUGUGCAUCAUAGUGUUCGCGAUUGUGACGAAUCUGUAUAUAUUCAAGCUGUUUACUUGGCAGAUAGUAAUAGCCGGCAUGGGUAUACCGUACCUCGGUUUCUUAGCCGGCUACCUUGUGGCUAAGGUGUUCAGACAGCCGCAUCCCGACGCGCUCGCCAUCUCCAUAGAGACGGGCAUACAGAACACCGGCAUAGCUAUAUUCCUACUCAGAUAUGCGCUGAAGCAGCCAGAAGCAGAUUUGACUACUGUGGUGCCGGUAUCCGUGGCAAUUAUGACACCUAUUCCGAUGACAAUCGUCUACAUAUACCAGAAGAUUGCCGCAUGCUGGGGAUGUCCGACGUCCGAAACCGAAAUGCACCACAAAAAAUGGUUGAAGACCUCACCCCCGUUUCAGAGGGCGCAGAAUCCGGCGUCUUCAGAGCCGUUGAUGCCAGCUAACGGGCAGGACGGGUAUUGGUCAUCUUCAUCAUGAUCAUCGGGAUUUUCUCUAAACGGCAUAUCAUUUCUUCAUCAUGCGAUUGUAAAUAGAUAAAAAAUCGAUUAAUAAAGAUGCUCAAUCAUUCAGGAAAAGGAUAUAAAAUGUAUUCAGAUGAGUGCAAAGUCACUUAUGUUGUGUGCAAAUAAGUUACAAUAUAAUUUAUAAUCGCAAUCUCAUUUUAAUACUAUGUCAAUCUAUUACUAACUUUAAUGUGCAUAUCGUGCUAUUUUUCCGUAUUUUUUUAAUUAAUAAAAGGUUCAUAAAAGUAUGAUAUUAUACAAUAUGCAAUAUUUAUAUUUCUUGAAGAGCAUUUGGAAAGAACAAUUUAGGUUGUGUAAGGAACAUUUUUAGGCCUCCAUAUGUUUUGGCCCAAAAGACAUUCCUAAAGAAAUGAAUUUUGAUAUUUAGUAGCGGCUGUACGUCGAAUAAAGUGUUUAUUUAAAUAAGCAAAACCGUGUUUAUUUUUAAAAGAUGAACAAGUAAAAAUUUUAUAGUUGCCGCCAAAAUGUUUUAUGGCUGGUUAUUAAGUUUUAUUUAUUCGUUAAAUAUGUAUUGUUUGAUGGAUUUCACCUAUAAAAAUGUUUAUGUGAAUUGAAACUUGAUUCAAAAUCAUGUGCUUAUAUAGUAUUUUGUCUAGCUGUAACGAAAGUUUUAGCAUUUAGUAUUUUUGUGCUAACAUUUUCAAAAGUAGCUUAUAGAUUUUGCUUUUAGUUUAUAUGCAAAUGGUCUUACUUUUUAAAUAGGCUUGUAGUGAAAACUUUAUGGUCAAAAUUAUAAAAAUGGUGGGAAAAUUGAAACAAAUGUCAUGAUGACAUUUUAUUUUUUUUAUUAACUUCUACUUUUUGGCAAAAACUGUUGGAUUAUUUCGCAUGCUCGUUUUAUAGGUGAAUCAGAUGUGAAAAGAUUGUUAUGUUAUUGUUGCGAAAUCAGUAUUUCGUUAGAUUAUGGAAUGUCAGUUGUCAAAAAAAAUAAAGAUUUUUUACAAAACAA